UCGGGUUUUGAUUGACAGCGCAGCCUGUUGUACUCGUCGCGCGUUCACGACACAAGGCACCACAAGUCGGUUCCCCCGGGAACGGCACGCGAGCGAAAACAAACACCGAACGGCAAAUCACCGCUCAAGUUUUGUUUUUCUUUUGGAAUGUUUUAAUGUUUUGUUGUAUAUUUCAAGUUUUCGGGGCGGACAUAAGCCCAGACGGUCUGUCGGCUGAAGGGGACUCCUCUCUUUGUUCGCUUACCCGGCUGACGACGGAGCUCGUGCGCCGACUGGACUUUGAGUUGGUUGUGAAACUUACUUCACCCGGACAGCUAGCGGGGGGGAGUUCGGCUAGCUAGCUAGCUAAUUAGCUCGGCUCGGCUCGGCUCGACUCGGCUCGGCUCGGCUCUCAUCAGCUGCGGCAACAACUCGAGAAGGAAGCGCGUCCUUCCCCCCGCGGAGAGGACCCGGCAGCCGAGAAGACGGAGCACAAUGCGCGGAGGAAGCCGCCGCCCCCCCGCUGUCCGCGGUAACCGGACGGACCCUCGCACCGGGAGAUGAUAUGGCAGAAUUGCGGGCAAAUGGUGCGAGGCGAUAGGCCGGCCAGGAAAUCGGCGUGAAGACGAAACAUCAGGGCUUUUGCUUCACAGCAUCCUGUGUGUGUGUGUGUGUGUGUGUGAGACAGAGAGCGAGACAGACAGAGAGAGAGACAGACAGAGAGAGAGAGAGAGAGAGAGAGUGCGCGUGCGCGUGCAGGAAGUGCCUAUGGCGGAGUUUGGGGAGGACGGCAGCCUUCCUCCAUCGACUCUCGGGGACAAGGCGCAUUGCGAGGUGUCGUUCUCGAAUGGAGACUGCGGGCUGUCGGACAACAUGGUCGGCUCGGGCUCCCUCGUCGCACCUGGCGGCCAAGCCGGCGUGGAGAGCGCCAACGCCUCCGUCGGACCCGUGGACGCCAGAAGCGACAUACCGCGCAGGAGCAGCAUCAUCAAGGAUGGCUCAAGACAGCGUAAAGAAAGAAAGAAGACUGUGUCAUUCAGCAGCAUGCCAACCGAGAAGAAAAUCAGCAGUGCGGGUGACUGCAUCAGUGCAAUGGUGGAUGGCUCGGAGCUGAAGAAAGUGCGAUCCAACUCGCGCAUAUACCACCGCUACUUUCUCCUCGAUGCUGACAUGCAGUCUUUGAGAUGGGAGCCCUCAAAGAAGGAAUCGGAAAAGGCCAAAAUUGAUGUAAAGACCAUCAAGGAGGUUCGGACAGGGAAAAAUACAGACACUUUUAGAACUAAUGGGACCUAUGAUCAGAUAUCAGAGGACUGUGCUUUUUCUGUCAUCUUUGGGGAGAACUACGAGUCCCUGGACUUGGUGGCAAACACUGCAGAUGUAGCUAACAUAUGGGUGACAGGAUUGAGGUACCUCAUCUCCUAUGGGAAACAUACGUUAAAUAUGAUACAGAGCAGUCAGAACAACAUGCGCUCAUCGUGGCUAGGUGAACUUUUUGAUGAGGCAGACGGUAACAACAGCAAACGAGUAACGAUAUGUGCGGCUGUGCAGCUAGUCAAAAACCUGAGCCCGGGACUUAAAAAUGUAAAGAUAGAACUGAAGUUCAAGGAGCUUCACAAAGCUAAGGACAUAGCAGGUUCUGAUGUGACAAAAGAGGAGUUUGUCGAGGUCUUUCAUGAUCUUUGCACUAGACCAGAAAUUUAUUUUCUCUUUGUUCAGUUCUCCAGCAACAAAGAAUUUCUGGAUACCAAGGACUUGAUGAUAUUUCUGGAGGCAGAGCAGGGUAUGGCACAAGUGAGUGAAGACACUAGCUUAGAGGUCAUUCAGAAAUAUGAACCGUCUAAAGAGGGCCAGCUUAAGGGCUGGCUCUCUCUCGAUGGCUUCACCAACUAUAUUAUGUCGCCAGAGUGCCAUAUAUUUGACCCUGAACAUAAAAUAGUAUGCCAAGACAUGGGCCAGCCCAUGUCCCACUAUUACAUCAAUGCAUCCCACAACACAUACCUGAUAGAGGAUCAGUUCAGAGGUCCCUCGGAUGUGACAGGGUAUAUCCGUGCCCUCAAGAUGGGCUGCCGCAGUGUAGAGCUGGAUGUGUGGGACGGGCCCGAUAACGAACCUGUUAUUUACACUGGCCACACAAUGACAUCACAGAUAGUUUUUCGCAGCGUCAUUGAUGUCGUCAACAAGUAUGCCUUUGUUGCAUCCGAGUUUCCGCUGUUACUGUGUUUAGAGAACCACUGCUCCUUAAAGCAGCAGAGAGUCAUGUUUCAGCACCUAAAGAAGAUCCUUGGAGACAAGAUGUACUUUGAUUCUCCUAAACCUGAGGACUGCUACCUCCCCUCUCCCUCUGAACUGAAAGGAAAGAUCCUGCUGAAGGGUAAGAAAUUGAGCACGACCUGCACUGCUUCAGAAGGGGAGGUGACGGAUGAGGACGAGGGGGCAGAGAUGUCUCAAAGGAUGAGCAUUGAGUCUACGGAACAACAGACUAUCGCACCCAAGAAAUUCCAGCUGUCCAAGGACCUCUCUGACUUGGUGACAUUGUGCAAGUCUGUGGAGUUCAAGGACUUCCCAACGUCUUUCCAGAGUCAGAAGCACUGGGAGCUCUGCUCUUUCAAUGAGGUCUUUGCCAGUCGCUGUGCCAGUGACUUCCCUGGUGACUUUGUCAACUAUAACAAGAAGUUCCUGGCACGGGUCUACCCCAGCCCCAUGCGGAUUGAUUCCAGCAACAUGAAUCCACAAGAUUUCUGGAAGUGUGGUUGCCAGAUCGUGUCGAUGAACUACCAGACCCCAGGACUGAUGAUGGAUUUGAACAUUGGCUGGUUCCGGCAGAAUGGGAACUGCGGCUAUGUGCUGCGUCCGGCGAUCAUGAGGGAACAGGUUUCAUAUUUUAGUGCCAACACUAAAGAUUCAGUGCCUGGUGUUUCUCCACAGCUCUUGCACAUUAAGAUCAUCAGUGGACAAAACUUCCCAAAGCCCAAAGGUUCCGGUGCCAAAGGAGACGUAGUAGACCCCUAUGUGUACGUGGAAAUACACGGCAUUCCUGCUGACUGCGCUGAACAAAGGACUAAAACUGUCAACCAGAAUGGGGACAACCCUCUGUUUGAUGAGAGCUUUGAAUUUCAGAUAAACCUCCCCGAGCUCGCAAUGGUGCGCUUCGUGGUGCUCGAUGAUGACUACAUCGGGGAUGAAUUUAUUGGCCAAUAUACUAUCCCCUUUGAGUGUCUUCAGCCAGGUUUCCGUCAUAUACCGCUACAGUCUUUGACAGGGGAAGUUCUGCCACAUACCUUGUUGUUUGUUCAUGUGGCCAUAACUAAUCGAAGAGGAGGCGGUAAACCGCACAAAAGGGGACUGUCCGUGCGAAAGGGCAAGAGGAGUAGAGAGUAUGCCAGCAUGAGAGUGCUAUUGAUCAAGGCUGUCGAUGAUGUCUUCAAAACAGCCAUUCUGCCACUUAGGGAGGCAACAGACCUCAGAGAAAACAUGCAGAAUGCCAUAGUGUCCUUUAAAGAGCUGUGCGGCCUUUCAGCGGUGGCUAACCUGAAGCAGUGCAUCUUGGCCCUUUCCCCUCGACUGACCGGACCCGACACCAACCCCCUGCUUGUGUUCAACCUUGCUGACCAGUAUCCCAACUUGGAGCCUCAAGGCUUGCUACCAGAGGUCCUUAAGAAGGUCGUCACCACCUACGACAUGGUGAUCCAAACCAGCAAGACUCUCCUGGAGACCUCGGAGGGGGUGUACGACAGGAUUCUACAAACCCAAAAAGCAGCGAUGGAAUUUCACGAGAACCUGCACGACUUGGCCACGAAGGAGGGGUUGAAGGGCAGGAAGCUGCACAAGGCGGUGGAGAGCUUCACGUGGAACAUCACCAUACUGAAGGGCCAGGCGGACUUACUGAAGCACGCCAAGAGUGAAGUGCAGGAGAACCUCAAGCAGAUCCACUAUGCUGCGCUCACCUGUAACCUGAGCAAAGGCGGAGCAGCAGGCGGCUCCUCUGGCUCCGAGUCCAAGGGCAGAAGGAGCCUUGAGUCCAUUCCCGAGAAGGCCACCAGGGAGGAGGAGAUCACCGGUGAGGACAACUAAAGAGCCACAGUCCUGGUAGCCACGUUCAGACUUCUACACUGUUCCUGCCACCUGAACUCACAACCCAAAGCUCCGCCCCCUUUCUCUCUCUGUCUUUUUACCCUGACAUCAUCGCUCUAUACACACACCAGUGUUUUUCCACAUUCCAUCAAGUACAUUCCUGUAUCCCAAGCACAGCUGUAACCUCUUACAGACUUCUGCCUUGUAAUCAUCAAUAAAAUGCCACCACUGCUCUGGGACAUGAAUCCUCCCCAAGUUCACAUCACAGAAAGGUUCCAUUUUCAGAAAGUUCUUGUUGCAGCGUUGUGCUGAAGCAGGGUUUUCUCUGGGUGUCCAGGGGGCGUAGGCGCAUUUUGGACCAUUAGCAUUUCAAAAUGUCUUUCACAGUAGACUUAGACAACAGCGAGAAGAAAAGAGAAACAAAUCUGGUCACACUCAGUGUGCACCGUACAAAAUACCAUUGGUAAAUGGUAGACUUGUACCAAAUAGAUGUGAACUGCAAAUUCCUCAUCCUCCCACAGACGUGACAGCGCAGCGUUUGGCUCGUCCGUACGUCUGUAAACUGCUCAGUGUUGCCGUGACCACCAAUCAGCUGACUUACUUUAAUUACUGUAGCGAGUCGAUUCCUCUUGCAUAAUUAUUUCCUCCAACAUUUAACAUUUUUGUCUUUUAAGUCUUUUUGUGGUCAUCAUCUGUGACAGAUGCGGAUUUUCUCGUUUGUUGGGAGUCGCCAAGACCUCGUUUUCACUCAUGUCGAAUCUGUUUCCUCAGUCGCAGAAGCCUUCACAAACUCUGGCAGGUUAAACUCGUCUAACCAAACCCUUUUAAGACGGAUUAAGACUCACUAGAGACAAACUUGAUAAUACACGCUAGCCUAGCAACAUUAAGGCGACAAAAAAAUCAUAAUGCAACACAAUGUAGAAGAACGUAGUUACACUGAAAUUCACUUAAUUCAAAAAUAAUAUACUGAAUUGAGUGAACACAUUAGGGCGGUAGAGAACUCCCAGUAUAUUGUUUUCCUUUCAUUCGUUUUAGGUGCUGUGCCUAAGUCUUAAAAUGGCAGCAAAAAAAAACCUACAACAAGUGUCUUUCUUUUUAAACAUUCACUAUAGAUCUGAUGCUGCCGAGCCUUUGUGAGGAAAAGUCAUAUAAAUGCGAAAUUACCUUUUAGGAAAAGCGCUGAAAAGGAGAAUUUGUGCAGACAUUAAUCACCCCGAUAACUCUCCCCAGCCAUAAAACUCAACUCUAUUCAUCUACAGUCCCGGUGCAGAGGUUUGUUGUCCUCCAUCUUUUCUUUCUGACCCCAUCUGUCAUUUCCUGGUUGAGCUGGGUGGGCAGCGGCUCAAUGAUCAGCCACGUGACGGAUAAAGACACUGCUACCGCUCAGAGACCGUGAACUUCUUGUCAGUGGACACGGCCGUCACCAGAGGAGAAGAAACCGAAAAAGAACCCUCGGCUUGUUGAAGAGAGAUUUCUUAAAGCACAAUUUCCUGGAGCUAUGAAUGUAACAGGCGAUGGGGACGAGAAGGAAACGGAAGUAAACAAAGAAGAAAAUGUAAUGAAUGAGAGUAAAGAGCUGUUUACAAUGCUGAACUUGUCCAUGUUCUUGUCUGCCAAAAUAGUAUAAUAUACUGUGUAUAUAUGAAGUUUCCUGUUCCCUUUUUUUCUGCAGAGUGCAUCAUUUUAUUAUUGUAUACUUGGAAAUAUAAGAUUUAUUUUAUAAAAAAUAUAUAAACAUGUCUGUGGAAAAGUUGUAUUUGUCUGUAGAUACUCUGAUAACAAGGGUCGUCGCUAACGAGAGUGAGCUCAGGAGUUUUCUCGGUGGAGAACUCCCGGCAGGUCACGGCAGAAGGAAAUGUUAAGAGAAUGUAUUCCUCUCGUUUGUUUGGUGCAAACAACGGCAAAGUCUUAAAUAUCACAACCAGCAAUUGCAUGAGAAGAAACCACGACUGGAUGUUCAUUACUCGAAAGCAGCUCGGACGUUGACACAUUUCAUUAGGACAUAUUCCAGGCCCUUUUAUUUUCAGGGCGCGGAAAAAGAACAUAAACUUUAUGCUCCGAGGGAUUUUUUCUUUUUACCAAAAACUAAUUUCACUGUUACUUUAACAUGUCUGCAACUCAACUAAAACUAAAAAGUGCCAGAUAA